UGUCUGUCAUGACAGUAGCCACGGUAAAAAUAAAUCUAAAUAAAUAAAUUACUAUAAAAAUAAACCAAGCGCGACUACGCUAAAGCCCCACCUCUACGUGCAUACGUCACACGCAUCACAUGACGGUCAGGAGGCUGGGACAACAGGAAGAGGUUCCUCUUCGCUGGUGGAACUGUUGACCAAAUGUUUUUAUUUACAUAAUGUAGAAGGAGCCCACGAGGUUAUUCUCGUUUAAAUAAUUGCGUCCAUAAAGGACCGAAUUCUGCUGCACUGAGACCGGACUUUAUUAUUAGGACGCUAAUUUAAAGAGAAUAUCUUGAGCUCAAGAUGGGAACUGCAGUGGAACGGACCGACGAGCAUGUGAGAGAGUAUCUGAUUUAUCGAGGCUUCACUAGCACCCUGAAGCACUUGGACAGUGAGAUCAAAGCAGACAAGGAGAAAGGCUUCAGGGUGGAUAAAAUCAUCGAUCAGCUUCUGCAUUUCAUCCAGAGCUUUGAUCUGAAUGGUCUCAAGGAGUACUGGCUAUAUUUGGAUCGACGCCUUUUCAGUAGGCUGGAGGACAUUUACCGGUCAACAGUCAACAAACUGAGAACCAGCUUGUAUCGGUACUAUGUCAUCAACACAGUUCAGAGAGGAAACAUGGAGAAGACUCAGGAGUUCUUCCAAAAGCAGGCACUGGAGCUGCAGGGUCAGACAGAAUGGCGCGAUUGGUUCAUCCUGCCAUUCAUUCCAGUCCCUGAGCAGAACCCUGCCUUCUCCCCGUAUUUCUCCCGUCAGUGGUCUGAUACCUUCUUGGUUUCCUUGCACAACUUCCUGUCUGUGCUCUUCCAGUGUAUGCCUCAGCCAGUUCUGCUCAGUUUUGAUGCUGAAGUCCAGAGGUCGACCAGCCUGACCGAAGAAAACGAACAGCUGCGCCAGAAGCUCUUCGCCCUGCAGCUGGAGAACCAAGACCCAUUGGACGGAGAUGAGAAGAAUCACCACAAGCUGCCGCUGUACGUCCAGAACAUGGAUCGACUGGGAGACACUGAGCUGGAUUUGGUGACAAGUCAGCGUGUGGUCAGCGCUGCCACAACUCCCUCGCGAAAUUUCUUCUCUACGUUCUUACCGCAAGGUCGGCGUACACCCGGGAAAUCGGUUCAAGUUGCAGCCGGAGCAUCACCAAAUCAGGCAACAGUUGGAAGGAAGGAAUUGACACCUAACCAGGGUGCAAGGUCAAAAGACACAGUACAGACGAAGGAAUUAAAAUCUUCCUCCAGUCUGGAGCUAUCAAGCUCCUCACCUCAAACAAACCUGCAGGCACAUUCCAGACACAAGAAGAUUCAGGACCAUGAGAAAGAGAGGAAAGAACUUCUAUCCAAACCAAAUCAGGUGUCUGAGAGAAAAGCAGAUCCGGUGGAGGUGGACCUUUCCUCAGAGAAUACGGUCGAAGCGCACGACUCCACCUCCUCCGUCAGCAGAGCAGCAGGAGAGGGAGGAAGUCUCUCUGUGGAACAGCCUUUUAUCAAACUCAGCCAGGAAGAAUAUGGAGAACACCACUCUUCUAUAAUGCACUGCAGGGUUGAUUGCUCCGGACGCCGAGUUGCCAGUUUGGAUGUUGACGGUGUUAUUAAGGUGUGGUCCUUCAAUCCCAUAAUGCAAACCAAAGCCACCAUCAUGUCCAAAUCUCCGCUGCUGUCGCUGGAGUGGGCCACCAAACCAGACCGCCUGCUCUUGCUUGGCAGUGGUGCUGGGACUGUGCGACUGUACGAUACUGACGCCAAGAAGAAUCUGUAUGAGAUGAACAUUGAUGAGUCUCAUCCACGGAUUCUGUCUCUGGCUUGGAGUCCCAGUGGUUCAUCAUUCGUCUGCUCCGCUGCGGCUCUCGGCGUCGAGUCCACUCCACGACUUCCUCUUCCAGUUUCAGGGCGCCUGCUGCUCUGGGACACCAAAACUGUCAAACAACAGCUGCAGUUCUCAUUGGAACCUGAGCCAGUUGCUAUUAACUGCACAGCCUUCAACCACAAUGGGAACCUGCUGGUGACUGGAGCUGCUGAUGGAGUCAUCAGAUUGUUUGAUAUGCAGCAGUACGAGAGCGCAAUGAGCUGGAGAGCUCACGACGGAGAAGUCUACAGCGUGGAGUUCAGCUAUGAUGAAAACACAGUCUUCAGUAUCGGGGAAGAUGGCAAGUUCAUACAGUGGAACAUUCAUCGAUGUGGAGUGAAACAGGCAGAGCAGGUCGUAUCCCGGGACGCAACAGGACCCUUCGUCUUGUCAGGAUAUAGCGGAUACAAACAGGUUCAGGUCCCCAGAGGUCGACUUUUUGCAUUUGACUCUGAAGGACAGCAUGUUCUGACAUGUUCAGGCACGGGAGGAGUCAUUUACCGGUUGACAAAUAAGGAACCAGCUCUGGAGAGUGUGUUGUCUCUAGGCGGACACAAAGCCCCGGUGGUUACAGUCGAUUGGUGCUCAGCAGUCGACUGUGGUACCUGUCUGACUGCCUCCAUGGAUGGAAAGAUCAAACUGAGCACGCUCCUGGCACAGAAGUCAUGAUGCCUGCGUGUAUGAAUACAGCUGAAAUAUAAAGGUCACAGGGGUGGGAAAAAAUCAGUUACUGAUGGAAUCAAGAGAUGGUCAACAUUUACAUAAUGUCAUAGAUACUUGUGAAUUCAUUACAAGAUUAAACUCUCUGAGAAGUUCUGCA